AUGGCAUCGGAGCUUGAAGGCUUGAUCGCGGGCCUGUUGGUGCACAUCUCGUGCGCCGGCGAACAGGGGUGUCCCGUGGGCGACGUUUUGGACGCGAUUCACCAUCCUUCAAAAACUCACUCUGAACCUCUCUCGCAACUGCGUAGGGGUGAUCCCGCGGUACAGCAUCGUACUGCCUCUACUAUUUGGAGCUGGCUUGUCUCAAGACGAGACAUCUCUGUUGGUCCCAAUCGCAAGUACAAUCGUCUCACUUUGGAUGAGAUAUUGGCACUUGAACCACCCGCAGAUGCCAACGAGCAAGAUGCGGAACCCUCAGAAUCAACAUCAGAAACCCGCACAGCUCCUCAACAUGUGUUGGUAUACGCCUCUGAGGAGACCAUGUGGGAGUCUCUCACCGGCCACGCGGUUGACUACAAGCGGGUACCCAAGUCUGAAUGGAUGUUGUUGCUCGGAAUUGCUUCUACGACUACCCAAGGUAUCCUGCAAGGCGAUCUCGGCCGGCUCGUCGACCAGGACAAGAGGUCAGUUCCCAAACGAACCGAUGCGCUGCUUAAGAAGGGCUACAUCGCCAAAAGAACGACACUCGUGCGAGGAACCAAGACGAGUAAGAUGUGGCUCAAACUGUUCGCGCCACCGCUGCCAAAGGAUGGUGAAGGGGGAGAUGAAGUCCGCCCUGACAUGACCCUCACUCGCCAAGUCUUAGUUGACAACCUCGACCCAGUACCCUGGCACAUCCGAUGGACUGGAGAGUCUAUCGACUACACAGCCUUGGCCACAACCAUCAUGGCUGUCGCCAAGGAAUGGGGCGUCCUGCGAAUGACUGACAUGAAGUCCAAGCUCGGCGUGCUGGGAAUGCGCUGGCAGAUGAAGGUCCUUGCCAAGGUGUGCCGCUUUCUCAACUCCCGAGGGGUCAUCCAAUACGUCGCCGCGAAGCUGGGGGAGAAGGUGUUCAAAGACUGUAUCAAAUAUGUCCGAGACUUCAACUCUGAGGAUUGGGCGGUCUACUUGGCUACGGGCAAAAAGCAGGCGAAAACGCCCAGAAACCCUGAUCUGGAUGGCCUCGAUGGAACCAAGGCCGACGGCCAAACUUCUAACGCUUCAGAAGUAGCUGCAGCACCACCGUGGUCGCUAGAUAAGCCAGUUCCUGUCAUCAUUGCGGAAAUGGCACAGCGACUUGGUGAUACUGGCUUGACAAACCCAGACGUUUAUGCCUUGACCCUGGGCCCGUCUUAUAGCCGCCACCUUUCUUCCAUGACCACUGCUUUAUCCGUCCCAAACCUGCAACCAGCUCAUCUAUCCCACUUUCAACUUCGCAGUGAACACACCAGGACUGGAAAGGUAGCUUCAUAUCGCUAUUUUGCUCAAAACGAUUCAUUUCCGCCUCCAAUCGCAAAUGGCGGCUACGGCUUCUCCUCGAUACCUGCCACAAGCAUCUCUAGCGAACCUUCCACUACAUUGAUGGAACUGUGCAACCUGGGGCUGGCGACUCGAAAGACGAAUAAGGGGCGUCCCAAGAAGGGCAACGCAAAGAAGCAGAAACCUGCUGCUGCUACAAAAGCCAAGGCAAACCGAAAACAGCCUAAAGAAUCACCAGUGCCACAACAAGAACAAGCAGCUCGGGAGAACACGACUCAUGAGGAUGCAACUCAGGAGAGUGGAACUCAUGAAACCGAUAUCCAGGAGAAUACAAGUCAAGAGAACACAACUCAAAAGGACGGUAUCCAGGAGAACGGUGUCAUUUCGCAGGGUACAACAGCUGAAGAGCCGGGCGCGCCUUCACAAGAUUCGACAACACAACAGGAGACAGUGCCAGAAAAAUCACAAACUUUGAAUCCAGACGAUGCGCCAUCGGGCUCAGGCGACGCUGAUACGCUUGUAGCUACUCUCAAGGUGUCUUCAGACCAUCUCAAAGACGUGCUAUCCGAGAGUCAGCCAGCUGUUACUACCCCCGCCCGGGCAACACCUGCACGAGCGACGCGUGCUAGGUCAACAAGAUCUUCAGCGAAGAAAGCAGAGACUGAACUCGUGAGCGCUGCUCUUGACGCCGAAGAGAUUGAGGACGGAGAUGAAAAUGAGAAGGAACCUGAAGCUGAAGCGGCAAUCAAGAACCCCUUGAGCAAUAGAAAACGUGGUCGCCCGAGAAGGGGCGAGACGAGGAAGAAGGGAAAUGCGGCAGAGACUACCGAUGGCGACUCUGGUCCACGUCCAUGGGUUUGCGAAAAGUGCGGCGGCAGCUGGAAGAACGACAUUGGUUUGAAAUACCACCUGGAAAAGUCGAGGACGGCUUGCAACCCCUCAUUCGAUGAAGCCACGGCAGGCCCAGUUCGACGCGGAAAGAAGCGAGUCAUCUCUGAGGUUGAAGAGCCAGAAACUCCAACUCCCGCAGAGGACAAGUCACCACAGGCCGAGGCACCCGAUCAGGCGGAGCCGGAGAAAGAAGAUCAAAGCCAAGAGGUGGAGGAGGAGAGCUUCUCAACUCCAGCUCGACGUGUUUCAAAACUACGAGGUCCAGUUGCCCGGCUAUCAUGGUCUUCACGGCCAACGGUCAGUUUCAAAAGCGACUCGUUUCAUGUUAACCCAGAAUGGCGACGCCCUCCAGUCACCAGUUUUGACACCCCGAAAACACCGUUAUCGAAUGGAACCAACGGUGCUCUUGUGCAGAAUGAAGAUGGACAACCACGUCCUGUUCUCGGGCCACUGCACCGCUUCGAUUUGGCUACGAGCUCGCCAAAGACCCCUCGCCCGAGGUCGCAGACGAAAGCACCUGAGCCAACAGCUGAGACCCCCCAGCCAAAGGCGCCUCAGACCAACGGCCAGGAAGGUAGCAAUGGUGUGCUCAAUGGUGGCAGUUCGGCUGUGAAGCCCAGAUCACCGGCAGUUGUCGAUACCCCCAUAUCCAAGGCUGCUCUAAGUGCUCGCAUUCGCCAGAUUAUUCAAGAGAUCCUAACAGAGCAGUCCGGCGUCUUUCCAGGGGGUAAGCCGUUUUGGCAUGCGAUCACGAUACGUUGGACACAAAUGUUUCCAACAGAAGCAAUCCCCCAAGUGCGCGCGUAUCAAGCCGUGCUUCGGGAUAUGCUAAAGAACAAGUUCGUUGCCGAACACUGGCACAGCUUCCGCAGUACCAAAGGCAUGACUGAAAAGUGUCACGUCAUAGUUCAGGCCGGUGUUGAUCCAUUCUCCCCUGAAGCCACCAAUCUGCUCGACAAGAUCAAGGCAGCUCACCCAGAUACAUAUAUCCCGCCACCCUUUGACGCUCUGGCGGACCACGACUUGCUCAACCGCGGCCGUCGAGAUCUUCCGAUCGAAGUUGAGAUGCUGGAUGCACCAGUGUAUGUGGCACGAGCUGCACAGAAGCGAGCCUUAGAAGAGCUGGACGAUGAUGACGAAGAUGCUCCUCCACCUCAGAAGCGAAGCAGGAGACGCAAGAGAGCGGCAAGGGAUAACAGCGCGUCCCCGGAUCGGGCAUCCAAACGGAAUGACAUUACCUUUCAUCAAGAUUACGAGGCCGGGCAAGGAAAGUGGUAUGAACACUUUGCGGGCGUUGCCACCCAUGGUGCCCCCGAGUCAAUUCGGUUCCUCGAGCCCAAUACGUUCCUGGACGAGGAACCCCCGAGGUGGCUAUCGAAGCGCGCCUCCAAGGCCGCAGCUCGUCAUGUGCAAGAAGAGGAAGCUUUCAACGACGUCCCCAAGGAAGUGGUGUUUGACAAGCCGAUUUUGGUUUCCGGCGAUCUUGGUGCCUGGCCAUACAUCAGCGCCCAAGACUUUGAGCUGCAAGAUGCCAGCUACACGCUGAAGGGCUGGAUGCCUGACAUGAACUGGUUUGCUUGGUCAUCUAUGCUGGAUGUGAUUGACGAACGCACCCUUGAGCUGAAACGCCAGAAGCGUCAGCAUAGAACCGAUCUUGGUCGAUACCAGCGCUUCAUCGAGAGACUACAGUGCUGUAUGGAUACGGAGCGAUCAUGGGCCGAGUCCUUCAUUCAUGCGCCACGCGGAGCAGCGGGCCCUCACAACACCUUCGUGACGUUCUUUAGCGGAACCGACAUGGAGUUGGUCGAUGUUCCUGGCCUCACGUGGCCUUCGGAAUGGCAACUUACACCAGAGUCCUUCCCAGGAGCCGUCCCAGACCGACAGCUUCUUGUCGACUCGACAUCUGAUGAGGAAGACGACAGCCCUGAGUGGACGAGACUAUCAGUGCCUCAAACGGGACCCGACGGAGAGAGUGCGCGCACCACUACUGUUCGGCAGCAGCAAGGCCAGCAGGCAAGAGUCAAGCGUGUCCGCCUCCUAACCCGCGCUUUAACGACCAUCCCUGCCGAAGCAGAACAAUCAGAGGGUCUCAACGCUCAGAAUGCAAUCAAUGAGUCUUCUGACUCUGAGGAAGCGGACAGGUUGCUCGCUGCAUUUGUUGCUGUUCGUGUGUUACUUGGUGGUUCCGACAAGGCGAUCGAUUGGGGACUGUUGUUGAAGCUCUUCCCGUCGUUCAAGCUCAAGGAUCUUCGACGAUUUUGGAUCACUGCCCGUCGGGAUCAGGGCGCGUACAUCGGAAAACUCACAAAGGACUUUCAGGAUAAGUUUCUGAUUGCAUAUCAGAAGGAGGAACUUCCAGAGUUUGACUUCGAUGACCCCUUGGACUAUGACUGGCAUGAACUGAUUGAUUGGACGCUUCAGCUACCACGCAGAAAGGGCGUUGAUCUUCCGUCGACCAGGGCUCUUCUUGAGGAGAACUUUACCUCUCACAAGGCCUCUCGAGUGGUGGAUGACUGGCGAGAGAAGUUUCACCAUGUGCAGUCAUCUGUCUUCUCUCGGUUUGAGGCUACUACUGGCAGCCCGGCUGUUGUAUCUGUUGACAAGAUGCUGACCGGCCUUGACGAACAUGUCGAACUCACUGACAGGGUCAUUGCAAGAUCUUGGGUGAGAUCUCUGUGUUGCACGGAGGACAGCCGGUACUCGGUGGAACAGAUCAGGCAAAAGUUCUCCUCACUCGCGAAAGGAGACCAGGAUCGGAACAACGCGCUUCUCAAGCAGGCCAUUGAUGACUUGACUCAGCAACGAAUCAUCUGCAGGAGCAAGAAGGCUCCCCUUGGCGGUCGACCAUACCGUCUCAACGAAUGGUAUUACCACAUGCUGGGGAAACUAGCACAGCGGACAAAGUAUCAAGAAGCAGCCGACUUCAAGGCCAAGCUGGACGCUGUCUUUCGUCGUGGGGAAACCUUCCAGGUCCCAUACACUCUUGAAGAUGGAGCUGUCAUGGCAUUGACAAACUUGAACGCUUCCGAGAGAAUCAAGCUGAUGCCCGUGGAUGUGCCCAAAAUUCCUCUUGGAUUCGAGCCAGGCAACUACGAAAGUCGCAAGUUCCCGAAGUCGUACUAUCAUUUCAGCAUCGAGGCGGUCCCGACAGACACGUACAAGUAUGAUGAGGAUAUCGAUGUGAUCCGCAAGACCAUCUAUGAGGGCCCUCCCACAGCGGGCAAGGAGAGCGUGCUGCCGCAGUGGGUUGACUUUUUUGGGCGACGAGAUGCACAGCGUUGGAUGGAUAUCUUGGGUGCAUUCUGCUUCGUCUUUGCCCUCAGGGGAUAUCUGUCGAUCGAGGGAGUGUGCAGCGCACUCAAGCCAGUGUUGGAAGAAUUUGAGGCCCAGAUGAUUAUCGAUUGGGGCAAGAAGACGGGCGUGCUCAAGGAGUCGGAGGAUGGGCUAGGAGUGACGACAGGAGAAUGGUGGUGGUUGGCAGUCCCAUGGCAAUGGGGACGGCAACUGAGAGCGAGAGGUCGACGAGAGGACGACUAA